AUGGUUCCAUUUGCGAAUGAACUUAGCGCUAAGCCUACUAACCUUGAAGAAUGGAAACGAUUGCAUUAUUUAGUAAGCUAUUUAAAUAAUGAACAGAAAGUAAUGAUUUAUGUAACGCAAAAAGAUAGUUACAAAAGUGAUGACUCUGUGAAACUUAAGUAUAAAUUUGAUAAAACCUUGUCAUCUUGUGAAGUACCAUGUACCUGGAAUGAAACACGCAUAGAAGAUUUAACAUCUGCAGAGCUUGAAACGGCCGAUGCCAUCUUUUAUGUUAACCAACCAACCCCAUUAAAAUCAAAAGCUUGGAGAGGACAAAAGCUCAUACAAUAUACUUUAGAUCCUGUAGCGUAUUAUCCACAGUAUCAUGAUAAGAGGAAACAAUUCGAUAUCCAUGUGACAUUUGACGAGGAUUCAGAAGUACCUACAAGUUUUAUAAGAGAUCCAGAGAAAUGGCGAACAAAACAACCUUAUGACAUAGAAAAACACCCUUCAAACAUACCAGCAAUUUCCUUUAUUGCAUCCCAUUGGACGAAAUUCCGAGAAUCCUGGAUUCCAUCCCUUCAAGAACAUAUUCCUAUUGCAUCUUUUGGUAGUGUUCACUGGAAUACUAAUUUCGAUAUUCAUCCAGAAUGUGCAAAUUCAGAUUCCUAUGAAUUAAAACUUUGUAUUAUUUCUAAGUACCCCUUUCAUUUAUAUAUUGAAACAUCCCAAGAAAAAGAUUAUACAACUGAUAAACUUUGGGACGUAUUUAAAUCUGGAUCCGUACCUAUUAUAUGGGGUGCUCCUAAUAUUCGUUCGCACCUACCACAUCCUGAAUCUGCCAUUUUUAUUGAAGAUUUUCCGAAUGUCAAGGCUCUUGCAGACCAUUUAAA